AUGGCCAAGCUCCACCAGUACGACUACAUCUUCGCCAUCGGCCUGCUGUUCGCAGCGCUCGACGCGUACAACAUCGGUGCCAACGAUGUGGCAAACUCGUUCGCGACCUCGGUCGCCGCGCGCUCGCUUACCAUGCGCCAGGCAUGCAUGCUUGCCGCGGUAUGCGAGUUCCUGGGUGCCGUGCUCGUCGGCGCAAAGGUGACGGGGACGAUCAAGAACGGCAUCAUCCAGCUGGCCAUGUUCCGCGAGAACGCCGGCAUCGAGAUGCUUGCCUUCACGUGUGCGCUCGCCGCGUCGGCCACCUGGCUCAUGAUCGCCACCAAGAACUCGUGGCCCGUGUCGACGACCUACUCGAUCGUGUCGGCCCUCGCCGGUGUCGGUGUUGCCGUCUCGGGCCCGUCCGGUGUCCAGUGGGGCUGGAACGGCGGAAAGGGUCUCGCGACCAUCUUUGCCGGCAUGGGUAUCGCCCCGGCCAUCUCGGCCGGCUUCGGCGCCGUCGUCUACCUCAUCACCAAGUACGCCGUGCUGGUGCGCAAGGACUCGGUCAAGAAGGCCAUGCUGCUCUCGCCCAUCUACUUCUUCACCGUCUUCGCCGUCCUCACCAUGUCGAUCGUGUACAAGGGCUCGCCGUCGCUCAAGCUCGACAAGCUCUCCAAGACGACCAUUGCGCUCGCCAUUGUCCUCACUGCCCUCGUCGGCGCCAUCAUCUCGAUCGUCUUCUGGCUCCCCUACGUGUACGCCAAGGUCGUCCGCCAGGACUACACCCUCCGCCCUUACCACAUCUUCCUGGGCCCCCUCCUCUGGAAGCGCCCCGCCCCUGAGCCGAUGGAGGGUGUUUCGGCUGUCGCCGACUACCGUGUCCACGGCCGUGCCGAGGAGGAGACCCCCGCCGCCGCCCACGCCGACCACGUCCACCACCCCAUGGCCGUCGCCGAGAUCGCCGCCAACACCGUGACCGACGACUGCGCCGACGAGAACAAGACCCUCAAGAAGGAGACGUCGGCCGACGGCUCGACCAACAAGGAGAAGGACCUCGAGGCCGGCCCCUCGGCUCCUGCUGCCGCUGCCGCCCCCGCCGCCAACAAGGAGGUUCCCCUCGCCGAGGUCGACAAGAGCGACGAGAUUGUCGGCCCCUGGAUCAUGCCCCGCAACCUCCUCAUCAUCGCCAAGCGUAUCCCCAAGCGCCUCGCCGCCGGCUCCAACUACGACGUCCACGGCGCCCAGAUGAAGGAUGCCGACACGGCCGCCCGCCUCAAGGAGAUGCACGAGAUCGCCGACCAGUACGACAACGACACUGAGCACCUCUACACCUACCUCCAGGUCCUUACUGCUUGCGUCAACUCGUUUGCCCACGGUGCCAACGACGUCUCGAACGCCGUCGGCCCCUUCUCGGCCAUCUACUACAUCUGGUCCGAGGGCACCCACCUCGGCAAGGACACGCCCACGCCUACCUGGAUUCUCGCGUUCGGUGCUAUCUUCAUUGUCAUUGGUCUGGCCACGUACGGCUACAACAUCAUGGCUGCGCUCGGCAACCGCCUCACCCUCCACUCGCCUUCGCGUGGUUUCUCGAUGCAGUUCGGCGCCUCGCUCACCGUCCUCCUCGCUUCCCAGUACGCCAUCCCCGUCUCGUCGACCAUGUGCCUUGCUGGCGCCACGGCCGGUGUUGGUCUCAUGUCGGGCGGCCCCAAGGCCGUCAACUGGCGCGCCUUCGGCUGGAUCGUGCUCGGCUGGGUCCUCACCGUCCCGAUUGCCGGUACGGCUGCUGGUUGUCUCAUGGGUCUGUUCAUUAACGCCCCCCACUGGUGA